GCCCCCGCCGCGGGGGGUCUCUGUGGGCGGCUGUGAGGGGCCAACAUGGCGGCCAAGUCCGAUGGCCUCGGCGUGGCGGGGGUGGGCUUCGCCCCGCUGCACAACCCGGACGAGGCGGCGGCGGCGGCGGGCGGCGGGGGCGGCGCGGGGGCCGGCGAGGAGGAGGAGGAGGACGGGGACCCGGCCGAGGGGGGGGGAGAGGAGGAGGAGGAGGAGGAGGGCGAGGAGCCCGGGGAGAGCAGCUCCCUGCACAUCUGCCACUGCUGCAACACGUCGUCGUGCUACUGGGGCUGCCGCUCCGCCUGCCCGCGCGACCUGCUGGCGCGGAAGGCCCGCCGGCCCCCGGCCGCCUCCUCCCCGCCCCCGGCGGGCUCCCCGUCGUCCCCCACCGCCCCGGCGCCGCCGGCCCCCUCUCCUCCGCCGGAGCGCCCCUGGCUGGACUGCCUGUGGAUCGUGCUGGCCCUGCUGGUGUUCUUCGGGGACGUGGGCACGGACGUGUGGCUGGCCGCCCGCCACUACGGCCAGGGCGACUACGGCUGGUUCGGCCUGACGCUCUUCUUCGUGCUGGUGCCGUCGCUGCUGGUGCAGACCCUCAGCUUCCGCUGGUUCGUGCAGGACUACACCGGCGGGGGGCUGGGCGCCGUCGAGGGGCUCAGCAGCCGGGGCCCGCCCAUGAUGGGCGCCGGCCGCCUCCCCGGCCGCGCCACCCCCGGGGCCCAGCGCCUCUGCCGCCUCUCCGUCUGGAUCUGGCAGGUCGUCAUCCAUCUGCUGCAGAUGGGGCAGGUGUGGAGGUACAUCCGCACCAUGUACUUGGGCAUUCAGAGCCAGCGCCAGAAGGAGCACCAGCGCCGCUUCUACUGGGCAAUGAUGUAUGAGUACGCCGACGUGAACAUGCUGCGCCUGCUGGAGACAUUCCUGGAGAGUGCCCCCCAGCUCGUCCUGCAGCUCUGCAUCAUGAUCCAAAAGAACCGCGCCGACACGCUGCCCUGUGUGUCGUCGGCGACGUCGCUGGUGUCCCUGGCCUGGGUGCUGGCCUCCUACCACAAGCUGCUGCGGGACUCGAGAGACGACAAGCGGAGCCUGAGCUACCGGGGCGCCGUGGUGCACCUGUUCUGGCGGCUGUUCACCAUCUCGUCGCGCGUCCUCUCCUUCGCGCUGUUCGCCUCCAUCUUCCAGCUGUACUUCGGCAUCUUCGUGGUGGUGCACUGGUGCGCCAUGGCCUUCUGGGUCAUCCACGGCGGCACCGACUUCUGCAUGUCCAAGUGGGAGGAGAUCCUGUUCAACAUGGUGGUGGGCAUCGUCUACAUCUUCUGCUGGUUCAACGUCAAGGAAGGCCGGACUCGGUACCGCAUGUUCGCGUACUACACGGUCGUGCUGUCGGAGAACGCGGCGCUCACGCUCCUUUGGUAUUUUUACAGAAACCCCGAGACCACGGACGCGUACGCCACGCCCGCCCUGUGCGGCGUGUUCCUGAGCUUCGCGGCGGGCGUGGCGCUCAUGGCCCUUUACUACGGCGUCCUGCACCCCACGGGCCCGCGGGCCUGGCCCUUCGCCAGCUCCUGCUGCGCCGAGCUGCUCUGGGGCAUCCCCCUGCCUCCGGAAGCCGAGCCCCCCGCGGCCCCGCCGGCCCCGCCGGCCCCGCCCCCCGCCCCGGAGCCGGCCGAGGAGCCCGCCGCCGACACGUGCCUGCCCGUCUUCCAGGUGCGCGUGGUGGGGCCCAGCACGCCCACCGGCCGGCCCCUCCCGCCCGAGGGGCCCCUCAUCAAGAUCGACAUGCCCCGCAAGCGCUACCCGGCCUGGGACGCCCACUUCGUGGACCGCCGCCUGCGGAGGACGAUCAACGUCCUGCAGUACGUCACGCCGUCCGCCGUGGGCAUCCGCUACCGCGACGGCCCGCUCCUCUACGAGCUGCUGCAGUACGAGUCUUCGCUCUGA